AUGCAGGUGCCGAACAGACCAAUUGGAGCUUUCGGAUACUCCGUGCGUAAUUACGCACCGCCAUCGCUGUACCCGCAGUACCAGGGGAGCCAGUGCCCGUUGACAACGAAGCCUCCCAGUGGGAAAUCGUUCACCAUCGAUGCUUUGCUUGCCAAGCCGGAGCGCGCAUCCAGCUGCCGGGCGAGUCCGACUCCGUGCGGAGAGAAAUACCAACCAGGAGUCCCGGUUCUGCCUCUCACGGGACACGCGGGCUUACCGAUGGCAGCAGCACCUUACGGCUACUCUCAAAACAUGUUGCACUCUGCGCUCCACGCGCAACCGGGAUACUCAGUCUACUGCUGCCCGCCGUUCACGUACCAAUCCUCGUGUCGUGGAGCAUUUUACGCACACGCUGCAAUGUCCAAAGUGAGCGCAGGGCUGCAUUCCUUCAAAACUAAAGGUGGCAAGUCGAAACGGAUGCGCACCAGCUUCACGAGCGAGCAGCUCUCCCGGCUGGAGAAGGAGUUCGCGCGGCAGCAGUACAUGGUGGGAUCCGAGCGGUUCCUGCUGGCCUCCGCCCUCCAGCUCACAGAAGCUCAGGUCAAAGUCUGGUUCCAGAACCGACGCAUCAAGUGGCGCAAACAGAGUCUGGAGCAGCAGCAGGCCAAGCUGGCCAAGCUGGGCCUGGCCGUCCCGCUAAAAAGUCCCGGAUCUCAAGGCCACGGGGACGAAGGAGAUGAGGACGAGGAGUUCUCCGACCUGGACGUGGACAUCGACGGGUCCGAUGACUCGACUGACCACUGUUGA